AUGCUGCCGUCAUCACUAGGCAAGCGUCCACGCACAGCCGAUUCGGCCCAACCGGCCGCUGCCGCCGCAGGCCCCACAGGACCAAUACUAGCAGUACCAACAGACAGAACAGACCUUAAAAGGCAGUACUUCACUGCCAAUGCACACACACUUCCAGGGUCUAGGCCAGAUUCCGGAUCCAUCAUUGUCGACAGUUGCUUCAGUACUUGUUUGAACGGAUCUUCUCCAAGACCUACAAAAAAGGCAGCCACCACUAGGCUUAACCGAGGGCCUGGGUUCAAACAUACUCUUCACAGCUACAUCACUACCAGUCCAGACGUUGAUGGUCCAGUCCCUAAUACUGCUCGUUGUCAGAAAAGUAGUAUAUCUCCUAUAGAAUCUUCUGACACUAUGGUAGCGGUUGCCACUUCUUCUUCUGUGACAUCGGAGGUAGCUGAGGUUAGCGCUCCACCAUCACCAACAGGGUCCUUCAGUUCUUUAGAGUCCAUUCUAUCGGAUGGUUACGGAUUGGAUUCUUGUGGGACUAUGAGCCACCUCAGUAAUAGUAUGGGAAGCUUAGACUUUGCUUCAUGUUUCGCUGCCUCUUCAUCAUGCAAUGAACCAGAUGCUUCUGCUUCUGUUCCUGUUUCUGCUUCUGCUUCUUCUUCUACUUCUGCUGCAUAUAAUAGAAACUCGGUUCUAUCAUCGCUGAUGAAACCUGGCGGGACUCGGGGUUCAUCGCACCAUAGACUUUAUCAAAAAAUUGCACGUAGUAGAUCUCACAACCGAACAACAAAUCUCUUGCACAAUCACAACCAUCAUCACAGUCAUCAUCACAGCCAUCAUGGUCACCACAACCAUCUUUUCCACCACCACCACCACCACCACCACAGUGGACCUCUGAUUCAUCGAUGUAGCUCUACAUUGAAGACCCAGGCCCAGCUGGAGCAUGCGCAACAGUUGAUUUUACAAGAGCAAAUGCUACAUCAUCAUUUUCACCAUCACAAUCACAAUCAUUAUCACCACCUCAGCCACAACCAUCACUUGAGCCAUCGCCAAGACCCUUCGUCAUCGUCGUCAUCGUCGUCGUCCCGAAGAAAACGAUUGGCUAGACGACUGAGCUCGGUCGUAGCAUCCUUCCCCUCCUCUGCAUCUUCCGGAUUGGAUAGCUAUCCCGACUUGCCUUCUGCUCUUCUUCCUUCUCCUCCUUCUCCUUAUUCCUCUUCUGCUUCUGCUUCUGCUUCUGCUUCUGCUUCUGCUUCUGCUUCUGCUUCUGCUUCUGCUUCUGCUUCUGCUUCUUCUCGUCUUUGCCAUAACUACCACAUUGCAUCUUCAUCAAAUUUAUCCACAACACCCUCUUGUUCUAACUCCUCCACUUUCUCUUCCUCUUCCUCAUCCACAUCGUCAUUGCUGCUGCACCACUCUAACGCAUCGCUGCCUGCACUGCCUAAAUUGCCCCACAAUAAGCGUGUCUUGCUCAAAACUCGCCACUUGCGGACGCCUUCGCCUACCUCCUUAUCCGGACCUGAGUUUGCUAGUCACAACACUCACCCUCAGCAUCCAUCUUCAUCGUUGACUUCCAACCCUGUGCAUAUGAGUCAUCACAAAAGAUUAGGCCGCUUUGCUGAAGAUGGAUUCCAUAGUCCAGAGACAGAGACAGAACACGAUGCUGAUAACGAGUUCUUUGACGAUGCUUACUCGGAUGGCAUUGACAGUGAUGUAGAAACACGGUCAAUGACUUUGGAAGUUGUUCCAUUGGGUACAUCUCCUUUAGUCACAUCAGAAUUAGCUGACAACAGUGACAAUAAUAAGAAUCAGAAUCAGAAUCAGAAUCAGAAUCAGAAGCGGCACCAGCAGAAGCAGAAGCAGCAGCACCGUCGUGAUGGAGCUGUUGGAGAUGUUAAUUGUUAUGAGUUUCCUGGGACCUCUGGUCCUGGAGGUCUUCCACCUGGGACAUAUAACUUUAAAAACAUGCGCAUGGCGCUGGCCGACAUGAACUUUCCUCCAAUGCAGGACCCAGAUUUGGUGGAGAUAUUUCUUAAUGAUGCUGAAAAAAAUAGCGAUUAUGGAAAUGACGAGGAUGAUGAUGAGUAA